UGAGGGCGAACACACCUGAAGGACGCCUGCAGCUCUCACUCUUCUCUCGCGGCCCCGAGACGAACCCGCAAAGUGCAGAGUCCACAGGCGGCCGAAGCGGCGCGGCCGGUGCAGACGCACAGGCGCGUACACGUACACACUCUCGCUCUCACUCACGGACACGCACGGGGCCGAGAUGGACAUCCUGGAGACGCACGCGUACGACCGCAGACAGCGCCGGAACACGAGCUGCGUCCUGUGCCUCGCUCUCCUGCCUUUCUUCCUCUGCACCUGCAUCUACUUCCACCUCUGGAUUCCGGAAUCUUCACCGUCGCCCUUCGCCGCAGCGCUCAAGUGCGGCCCGGUGCUCUCGCUCGCCCUGCUGGUGCUCUGCUACAACGGGGGGCAGAGCCUGUGGGGUGUGGCGGGGGGCCUCGUCUUGUCCGCGGGGGGAGACGCCUGCCUCGUGUGGCCCGAACGCUUUCUCCACGGUAUGGCCUGCUUCGGCGCCGCACACCUGCUCUACUGCGCCGCCUUCCUGUCCCAGCGCUACUCGUCCCCAUCCUCGUCCAUCGUCCCGCUGCUGUGCUCCAUCGCUCUGUGGGCCACGGGGGGCACCGUCUACUAUCACAUUCUGCCUUUCGUGCAGCAGAACCCGGACGCAGGCGUCCUCGUCCCGGCCGUCGCCGUGUACACGUUGCUCAUAGUGACCAUGGCGACACUGGCCGUUCGUACCCGGCGUCCUCUGACCGGUGCCGGGAGCCUCGUGUUCAUGGUCUCGGACCUGAGCCUUGCCCUGCAAGUCUUCCAGGUGAUCGAGCCCAGCACGGGCAUCAGGGUGGUCGUCAUGGCAACAUACUACUUGGCCCAGCUGCUGAUAGCCGUGGGAGACGUGUCGGCCGGCGCUGAACAGGAGGACGGGCUGGGAAAGAGGAAGCGGGUCUAAGGUGGGGGGGACACUCAGAAACUCGUUCCACACUGUUUCUGCUGUUACCCCCAAGUUCAACCAUUGAACUCUGCCUCCUUGAGCCAGGAC